AGAUGAGAUCAGACAGCUCAUUCAAACACAAACACAAACACAAACACAAACACUCUCUCUCUAUCUAAAGCCACAUGCAACUGUGAUUAACUGAUUGUAUCCAUUAAUUCCCCCAGAAACAAAAAAAAAAAGAUUAUUCUUUUCCGGCGAGAGAUGCGAAAGAAUCAAAAACACAUGUUCGUAAUUGGGUUAUGAAUCAAAAUCUAAUAACGAAAAAAAAAAUGACGAUCUCUGUUUUGAAUCCUGAUCACAUCAACGCCGAGCUAUCCAAACCAACGUCGAUCUUCGGUCUCAAGCUCUGGGUCGUCAUCGGAAUCUUACUGGGAUCUCUCAUAGUCAUCGCCCUCUUCUUCCUCUCCCUCUGUCUCACCUCCCGCCGCCGCAACCGCAAGCCGCGCCACGCCGAUUUCGCUUCCGCCGCCGUGGCGACGCCGCCGGUUUCCAAAGAGAUUCAGGAGAUCGUCCGUCCUCCGGCGCAGCAGGACCACCAUUACCAUCCGACGCAGCCGGAGAUCCAAGUCGAUAUCGGGAAGGCGGAGCACCGCGUGGUGUUCUCGGAUCGAGUCUCGAGCGGCGAGAGCAGAGGAACGGUCAGUGCUAGCGAAACGGCGUCGUAUUCUGGGAGCGGUUGCGUUGGACCUGAGGUGUCGCAUCUCGGGUGGGGGAGGUGGUAUACUCUGAGGGAGCUUGAGGCCGCGACGAAUGGGUUGUGUGAAGAGAAUGUGAUCGGAGAAGGAGGUUAUGGGAUUGUGUAUCGUGGGAUUUUAAACGAUGGAACCAAAGUCGCUGUCAAGAACUUGCUUAACAACAGGGGUCAAGCGGAGAAGGAGUUUAGAGUGGAAGUAGAAGCUAUUGGGCGUGUACGGCAUAAGAAUCUAGUUAGGCUUUUAGGUUACUGCGUUGAAGGUGCAUACAGGAUGUUAGUGUAUGACUAUGUGGAUAAUGGCAACCUAGAGCAGUGGAUACAUGGUGAUGUCGGGGACAAGAGUCCUCUAACUUGGGACAUUCGUACCAAUAUAAUACUCGGCAUGGCAAAAGGAUUGGCGUAUCUACACGAGGGUCUUGAGCCGAAAGUGGUCCAUAGGGAUAUUAAAUCAAGUAACAUCUUGCUUGAUCGUCAAUGGAAUGCUAAGGUAUCUGAUUUUGGACUCGCUAAGCUGUUGUUCUCCGAGAGCAGUUACGUGACAACCCGUGUCAUGGGAACUUUCGGUUAUGUUGCGCCAGAAUAUGCUUGCACCGGGAUGUUGAAUGAGAAGAGUGAUAUCUAUAGUUUCGGGAUAUUGAUUAUGGAGUUGAUCACUGGAAGAAACCCGGUUGAUUAUAGUCGACCUCAAGGAGAGGUGAAUUUGGUUGAGUGGCUAAAAACUAUGGUUGGAAACAGAAGGUCAGAGGAAGUAAUCGACCCAAAAAUAGUUGAACCGCCGUCAUCAAAGGCUCUUAAACGCUUGUUGCUAGUUGCAUUGCGUUGUGUGGAUCCUGAUGCUAAUAAGAGGCCUAAAAUGGGUCAUAUUAUACACAUGCUUGAAGCUGAAGACUUGUUCUAUCGCGACCAGGAACGACGUGCCGUGAGGGAGAAUGAAAGCCGCGAUCAUAACCAGAUACAGGCUGCCGUUUCAGCAGCCUGAGACCAGCGCAAGUGACAGUUCAAGAGACGGUAGAUAAAAGAUGUUCCGGCCACUAAUUUUUUCAGAUUUUUCUCUUUUGUUUUUGGUUUAAUCAAAUUUUUAAUUGUUAUGUGUGACAAAAAUAUUAUUUAUUUUAUUUUUAGUAGGCGUAUGAUUAAGAA